GAAAUAAUAGCGAAAUGAAAAAUAUUGACGUCAAUACUCUGUCAUCAAAGGCCAAUCGUUUGGCCCCGCCCCCUCCUGUGGGUUAGCGGCACAAGAAGGAGGAUGUUCCAUCAUGGCGCCGGCGUUGGACAGGAGAGGUUUCUGGGGUCGGCCCACCUCAACGCUGGACUGGUGCGAAGAGAAUUAUGCCGUCUCUUUCUACAUCGCUGAAUUCUGGAACACGGUCAGCAACCUGAUUAUGAUUCUUCCUCCUAUUUGUGGAGCCAUCCAGACAUUUCGUGAUGGCCUUGAGUUUCGCUACAUCUGCUCUUUUCUUGGACUAGCGGCUGUUGGCGUUGGUUCGUGGUGCUUCCACAUGACACUUCUCUAUGAAAUGCAGCUACUGGAUGAGCUGCCAAUGAUUUACAGCACGUGUGUCUUUGUCUACUGCCUAUAUGAGUGCUUCAAACAAGAGAACAGAGUUAGUUGGUUUCCUGUAGCAUUAUUAUUCAUCUUCAGUGUCACAGUCACUGCGGUCUACUUGGAGUGGAAGGAACCAGUGUUUCACCAGGUUAUGUAUGGUGCUCUAGUAGCUUGUCUGGUGAUGCGAUCUGUCUUUAUAGUUACAUGGGUGUACCCAAGGUUACGGCCUUUGUGUUACACUUCUCUGGGUGUGUUCAUGCUAGGGUUUCUCCUGUGGAACAUUGACAAUGUCUUUUGCGACUCAAUAAGAGCCAGUAGGCAAACACUUCCCCCUGGUGUUGGAGUGCUAACACAGUUCCAUGCCUGGUGGCACAUCUUCACAGGCUUGGGGUCCUACCUGCACAUACUUCUUAGUUUGCAAAUCAGAUCAACAUACCUCAAGCACCGACCAAAAGUAAAGUUUUUAUGUGGCGUUUGGCCUACUCUGCACAUUGAGUCACAAAAGACGAGCUGAAAUGAAGGACCUCCCAAGGGAUGGUGACCCUUCACCUGGAGGACCAACCAUUCCCCCUUGUCUACAGCUACAGGGAAGUAUGCACCCAAGAGAACCAUAAGCCCUGGACAGUAAGGCACUGACACUACUUCUAUUGGAAACUUUACUUUUUUUAAACCCCUUAAUCAUUUAUUAUAUCAGCUUUUCCAGUUGUUUGCCAAAUUAUAGGUUCAAUUGUGUGUUACUGAUGCUUAAAAAUACCUGUAAUGGAAAUUCCUAAUCUAGGAUAAGGAGAAGAGAAAAUACAGUAAAUCUGCAUUACCUUCACUGGCGUUAGUGCUAGACCUCCCUUGACCAAACAAAGCCCCCACAUCCUUGACAAAACACAAAAUAUUGAGCAAUUAAAUUUGCAUGUUCUCCCUGUGGAUACUCGACUUCCUCCCACCUUUAAAGACAUGCACCAGGGGAUAGGUUGAUUGGCAACACUAAAUUGGCCCUCGUAUGUGAAUGUGAGUGUGAAUGUUGUCUGUCUAUCUGUGUUGGCCCUGCGAUGAGGUGGCGACUUUUCCAUGGCGUACCCCGCCUUCCGCCCGAAUGCAGCUAGGAUAGGCACCAGCCACGCCCGCAACCACCGUGAGGGAUGGAUUUUUAAAAACAUUUUUAAAUACCACUCCACUUCAAUUUAAAGACAUCAUGAGUCCAUUUCAGAUGGUUAAUAAUAAUACAUAGGUUAGUGUUUUUCUUACCUACCAUUGUUCACUGUUUGACUAAUUUCACUUUAUCAAACCGUUCCACACUACAGAAUAACAAAAGUAUGUACGACGAUUCAGGCCAAUACUGUAUCAAAUUGAUAUCGGCCAGUAUUCAAGACGCCAAUAUUGGUAUCGGAUCGUAAAUUAAAAGUUGUAUCAAGAAAGAAUGCAGUCCAAAAUAGUACAGUGGUUUUAUGAAGUAAUGUAAUAAUUAGGUACAGCAUUUACCUUGGAGAGUGGACCUCUACAGUAUUUCCUUCCAGCUGCUUCUCCGCCAAACAUACCAUCAGCAGCUUGCCAUAUUUUAAUAAAUAAAUGCCAACGUCUAAAUAGUAUUUCAAUGUCCUCCGCUGGCCUCAUGGACUCAAUUUGCUUCAGUAUGGUACAGGCUUGAAAAUCAACGCUAAGUUAGCCAGCCACAUACUCCGUCAUGUUUCGAUAAUUUCUGUCUUUAAUUAAAUGAAUGUCAUCAACUUCUUCUUUUCAGCACUGUGUCCUUCACUCUCAAUGUUCCUACUUCUCAUGCUUGAAAAACAGUUGUGUCCAUCUCUAACUAUAAGCUAUUGCUAGCCAGUAAGACCGGGUGUUUUGGUCAGAUCUUACUGUGUUCAUUCACUGCGACAUGCACUACACCACUUUAUGAUGGGGACUCAAACUUUUGCUCACAUUCUAAAUCAUAACAAAUAGCCGAGAGAUAGCCCUUAUCUUGAAGAACGUGUGAGCUUAGAGUUGUGUUUUUUAAACAAAUAUUACCCUUUAAUUGCCAAUGUUCCUUUUCGAGACACGCAGGAACUAACUAAUGUACUUUAUUUUACUCACAUGUACACCGCUCACCAAUUUAAGUUUGGGCUAUUUUACUUUGGGGGGAUAUUUGGGGAUAACUUUGGAACAUAUUACAAUCUUUACAGAUUAACUUUGAUUUUUACAUAACUUGCCGUUCUUAAACAAGCAAGUAAACGGCAAAAUGGACACGGGUGUGUGUGUGUGUGUGUGUGUUAGAUCCUUGGAUAGAUCAAUAAAUGUCUCGGUUAUAUUGGAACUGGUAUUUAAAAGAAAACUGCACUUUUUUCCCAUUUUCUACAACACACAAGUAUUUGCCUUUUCUGUGCAUUUUAAAUAGCGAAAAACCUCUAGUGUGAGGCGGCUAACAUUGCAGGUAAUGGGUCUCAUCUUUUCCGCCUACAAAGCGCUCCAAAAACAGCCAACAAUGCUUUAUUUACAUGAUGUGACCUGCAUAUUAACCACGAUAUAGCAACAUUGUUAUUAUAAGAGGUUUUAUAUUUUCUGGCAUAGUGACACAUUGCCUUCCUCACACUGCUCCUCCAACCACUUCUAGCUACUAGCGAGCUUGAGCUGCUAAUAACAAUGGUUGAAACUCACCUUAAAAAAGAGCAAUUUGACCUGCUUUUGCUGCUCUAAUAACCUUUGAGUUAGUACAAUUUCAAAAUCGAUUAUAAAUCAUACUCCUCACCUGUAUAGUUGAAGGUUGUGGCACCAAGUUGGUCAAUUUUGAAAAUUCACACGUGACCAACUCGAUAUUACUGUAAAUGGCUCCACAAAUGGAAUACAGUGGAAAGCCGACAACAUCACUAGAAAGCUUUUUUUAUGAGGAUUAUUCUGAAUUUAGCAGUUCAAGGAGAGCACAAGUGCUGAAAGAUACAAACAUCCAAACAGUCAACAUUGUAAGUCAUUGUUUUAAGUGCCUCUUUAAAACGUUAGGUGAAAGAGCUACAUGAUAACGCUCCAAAGCUCUCGCUAAGUCUGCUAUUAAUGGUAGCAAACAUAGAAAGUGCUCUCUAUGUUGUUGUUGUUGACAGAAAUAGUGUUCUUUGCUAUAAGCUCUGUGAAAUCAAUGUACCCAGGAAAGAAGUAUUGGUAAUGCUUAAAUGAGUAAAAUACUAUACAGUAUAUAUUUAUAUAUGAAUGUGCCUGUUACUACAUUACAUCAUAUCCCUAUUACCUGCAUUGUUUGCUGCCUCUUGCUAGCAAUUUUUCACCAUUAAGAAUGCACAGAAAAGGGAAAGUAUGUGUUUUUGUCUCACAUAAAGUUUGGGGAUGACCAAAAAAUAGUGCAAUUCCUCGUAGAACAUCCUUUUCAUCAUGCAGUUCACAUUUUGACAUCACAACACCGAACAAUUGAUCAACUGUACCUCACCAUUCAAAUGUGCUGUACUUAAAUGACAAAAUUAUUGAGAAUUUUGCAGUUCAACACCUUGCUGAAGAACAGCGACAUGUGUAAUUGCUGCUGAAACAUUGAAGAGUUGGGCAAGUCUAGCGAGGGUUAAAUGACCACAAUACAGCGGUGCAGCAACUGGAUUUUGUUUCUUAUUUCUCCGCUUCUGCAACAAUGCAUGACACUACCACUACAUGGCGUACACGCCAACCCUGCCAUGCAGUAGAAAGUUGACCUUCCGCAUCCAUGAAUUUAAUUAUCUAAUGAAGGUUUUGAUUUUAUUGUCUAUGUGAGGAAAAAGGGAACCCGUGUGAAACAUAGAUUAAGGAGUUUUUUUUUUAACUUAAUGUGGCACAUUCAGUGCCAGUGACUAUUUUCUCAACAUACUUUGUUUUUUCAAACAAGUAUUACCAUAUUUCAUAUGUUUGUGCCUGGAAUGUUCAUCACCUCUUGUGUAAAUGAUACACAGUUUUUCAAAUGUGUGCCUUAUUUGGUGGUAUGCAAGUUAAUCCAUGCUGCCUUAUUUGUUCACAUGAAAAUGACUUUGUGUAGGACAUUACAAUAAUUUGUGCAUCUACUGUAUGUUGUACUACUGAUCACAUGUAAUAGUAACAUUAUAUGUCUUAACACCAACAUUUACAAGUGUAUUCCAGUAUUUCAUGCUGUGUGUGUGAAAUAAUAAAUGUCAUCAAUUGUAAACCA